GGACGGGGGAGAACGGGGCCCAGCGACGGGCUUUCUUCAACUCAAAAGGGAAGAGUCGGGGGAGAUGGCACCGAAGCUUGCUGCAUGCUCUGCGAUGGCCAGCGCGCUUUUCGCCCACCCUUCCUUCUGCCUUCUUGCCGACCGUGCUGCCAAGCCCUCCCUCUUGCUGAGCCCCAACCCCACCUGCUUCAGGCCUAGGGGGAAUCCCGCGGUUAGACCUCCGACUUCCUUCAGACUCUUCGCCACGGUGCAGGAUAAGGCGCCCGACGAUGCUCCGCAGUCGGUCGAGCUUCCCAAGAAGCGGUCGUUCGCCGUCGCCACCGGCGAUUUCUUCAUGGGCCUCGCGUCCACUCUCCUGAGGACGCGGCGUGCCGGCGGAGGCUCCGUCCUGGUGGAUUCCGGGGAGGGCGAUCGAGAUGGUGUGGCUUCCGUGAUCGUCGAUGAGGCGGAUCCCGCCGUCAUCUGGGAGCGGAGGGAGAAGGACGUCGAAGCGGAGAGGGAGCGGUCGAAGAUUACGAGCCCCGGGUUCAGCUUCUCCGCGGCGGGGCUUUUGUUUCCGUACCAUCUUGGCGUCGCGCAGUUUCUCCUCGAGAAGGGGUACAUUCGGGAGAACACUCCAUUAGCUGGUUCAUCUGCGGGGGCUAUAGUUUGUGCAGUUAUUGCAUCCGGAAACACCAUGGAGGACGCUCUGAAAGCCACGAAAAUGCUGGCUGAAGAUUGUCGACUUAAUGGCACAGCAUUUCGUCUUGGGGUAACCGCCCUCUUAUCUUUGACACUAAUGCUUUUCAAAUUUGUGACUGAAAUGCAAAAUUGCAUCAAGGCUGUCCUGAGGAAUAUACUUGAAAACUUUUUACCGGAUGAUGUUCAUAAGAAAUCAAAUGGUAGGAUCAGAGUUGGAGUUACCCAAGUGUUUGGGAGGCCAAGAGGAUUGCUGGUAGAUCAGUUUGACUCCAGGAAGGAUCUUAUUGAUGCAGUAAUUACCUCUUCAUUCAUUCCAGGGUAUAUUGCACCAAGGCCGGUUACAAUGUAUCGUAAUCGGAUCUGUAUAGAUGGAGGGCUAACAUUAUUUAUGCCACCAACAUCUGCAACAAAUACGGUGCGAGUAUGUGCAUUUCCAGCAAGUCGCUUGGGGCUCACAAAUAUUGGUAUAAGUCCUGAUUGCAACCCAACCGAUAGGGCCUCCCCACGCCAGCUUUUCCAAUGGGCGCUGGAACCAGCAGAAGAUCAUCUGUUGGACAAAUUCUUUGAACUUGGGUACCAGGAUGCUGCUGUUUGGGCAGGGCAGAACCCAGUCGAGGAGAUCACCAGGGAAGAGAACCUCGCCGAGUGACCAGAUUUCUUGCUGCGUCUGAGGUGCCAUUAUGUCCAAAAUAGAGCACAAGGCUGACAUGUCAGCAGCACAUCAGGCUACCUUUUUGGGGCUCCACCUGCAAUAUCUGGGAGCCAUCACACUGAAACAAUUCUGCAUUGCAGCCGGUUCCAACUUGUUGGCCAUUCCCCACACAACGAAGAACAAAGUUUACAUAACAAUUUUUUAUGUUUAGGUUUCGUCAAUAAACUGUAUAUUAGGAAAGGCAUUGUUAAUGUAAAUAGUUUUCGCAGAAGCGCUGAUGGAAGAUCCUGUUGUGGCAUCUAGAAACAAUGUUUUGGCUAAUAAAACCAGAAACUUUAAAAGUA